CCAGGCAUCGUGGACGUAGUCAGUUUCGCAGUACCGAAUGAUCAGUGAUCACGAGCUGAUUGAUCUAAUUCAAAAGUUCAGUUUUCGUGAAUAUCAAUCAUUUCAACGAAUAAUCAUGAAUCAAUUGUAUCGAUAAAUUUUUGACGAUUAGAGUUUGUGCUAAUUAAGAAGAUUAAAAAUUUCAAUUAUGGAGGAAACAUCAGCCGAACACGCCAAGAUAUCCGACUCUGCUUACUCCAAUAGCUGCAGUAACAGUCAAUCGCAACGCAGCAGCGGAAGUUCGAAGUCGAGGCACAGCAACAGUUCAGAAAGCAGCGGUUACUGUGGCGGACAUCCCUCCACCCUCGCUUCUAGUAAUGCUUCUGCACUUCCUCAUCCAAUCAGCAAACGGAAAGACAAGAAGAAAAAAUCUAGACCUGCGAUCGCCGGUCCCGCGGUAUCGGAAUCUCCCGUCAUAGUCCAGGAGACACCCCUGCAGGAGGUACCCGUACCCGCAGUUUGUAAAUUUGCGGACGUUUCACCGCAACCGGAAUCUCCGAAAACAGUGGAAGUAGCUGUUGUUGAGUUGGUGGAUGCGACGGACCCUGGAGAACACAAUUCCGGCUCGGACGUCUCGCUUGUUCCAUCCGUGUCGCCUUGCUUGAUCGAUGACACCAAAUCCCCGGCAAACGAAGGAUUUUGUGCAGUGAUCUCGAUGUUCGACGGCGUUGUCCUUUACACAACCCCGUCUUUGUCUCAAGCGCUCGGUUUUCCAAAGGGCUCGUGGAUCGGCCGAUCCUUCAUUGAUUUCGUUCACCCCAAAGACCGAAGCACGUUCACCGGGCAAAUAACCAACGGCUUAGCAGCUCCGCAAGCGGACAAUUCGAAGGGACCGAACGGCCAGCGAACGAGUCUGUUCUGUGGACUGCGAAGGUACAGGGGUGCGAAAUGCAACGGAACAACGGUAUCUACGAAUGGACAAAUUAAGGUAGAAAAACCGGUUAGAUAUUUACCAUUCCACGUUACCCUGACCUGCCGAGAUUUUCGCGAUCAAAGUUCCGUUCAACAUCCGAAAGCGAUGUUUCUCGUCGUAACAGCUCUGCCCGUUCAAUCCGCUUACAAAGCUCCCGAGGAAACAAUAAUCUCGUCGAACUUCACAACUCGUCAUACAGCGACGUGUCAUCUAUCCCAUUGCGAUCCCGAAGUAGUUCAAUACUUUGGCUAUUUGCCGCAGGAUAUGGUCGGACGUUCGUUGUUCGAAUUUUAUCACCCGGAAGAUCUGCCGUUCAUCAAAGACAUCUAUGAGACUGUCGUCAAGUUACAGGGUACCUCAUUCAGAUCGAAGCCGUAUAGAUUCGCCGUACAGAACGGCGGGUAUGUAGUCCUCGAAACCGAAUGGUCGUCUUUCGUUAAUCCGUGGUCUAGGAAACUGGAGUUUGUCAUCGGCCAUCAUCGAGUCCUCAAAGGACCCAGUGAUCCGGACGUUUUCCAACCACCGGAUAACACGAAUAGCAACAUUCUCGCCAACAUCAGCGAGGAGGUACUCAAAGAGAGCAAAAUAAUCCAGGGCGAAAUUCACGUCCUACUCAACGAGGUGAUUCCGAGUCGUAACGAUGUCACCGAACAAUGCGAGGAUCUCGUAUCGUUCAUGGAAAAUCUCCUCGCCGAGGCAAAGGCGCCUGAACUGAAGAACGACGUACCUGCGGACACCAAGAGCUUUUCGGAGCAUGACAGUGUUAUGCUCGGCGAGAUAUCGCCACACCACGAGUACUUUGACAGCAAAUCUUCAACCGAAACACCUCCAAGCUACAAUCAGCUUAAUUACAACGAGAACAUACAGAGAUACUUUAAAAGUAAACCCCUCACCACAACCAUAUACGGGAGUGACGAAGAAAAUAUCAAUGUUCCAAGCACCACCGACGACGAAGACUUGGGCCACAAAACAAAAAGUCCAACUCCAACAGAUCCGACGAGAAAAUGUAUGUCACCGGUGAACGGAAGUGGAGCUAGCGGUAGCGGAAGUGCUGGUAAUUUGAGCAGUGGUUCGAACAAUCAGACAAGCUCUGCGAGCAGAGGAGACACUUCUCGCACGACGAGUAACACAACGGAGACUGCCAGCUUCAAACUUCCAACGUUGACGGAGUCUUUGCUCUCCAGGCACAAUUUGGAUAUGGAAAAACUGCUCGUUCAGCAACACAGGCAAAUCAGAUCGACCAUAAAAAGCGACAAGCUCAAGGAUUCGCGGUCCAAGUCCGCCGCAGAGAAAUCCAACGAUGCCACGGCUCAUUUGAGCAAAAUUACGAAUCUCAAGAGAAAUGGCAGUCCAGUAAAGAAAGGCGAUAAUGCCAAGGUAUCCAGAUGCGAUAACACGUUCGGGGUCAACGCUGUCAACCCAAACGCCAUCCACUGCAAUGACCAUUUGUCUGCAGGGCUUCAGGGAACCCCGAAUCUCACCAUGUGGCCUUCACACUCCGUUGGUGUGACCUCCGCUUUGCAAACUUCGCAGUCUUGUACUUCGACGCAAAACGUUUCGUUACAAGUUACAAACACGUACCCAGCGAUAACGCAAAUGAUCCCCGUAUACUACUUCCCGGCACCACAGAACAGGCUCGGUCCAAUUUACGUACCUCAGGAACAUCCCGGACCACCUCCGCAGAUCCAAACAGUUUCUCAAAGUCCAUACGUUCAAUAUUACACAACCGGAAUGACCGGAGUCAUUUACCGACCCGUACUAGGGGCACCAGCACCAACGGCGUUGAUGUACAGACCGUUCAUAAUUCCCGAACCAGUUCCUCUGAUGCAAAAUGUUCGCGAACCUUCUCAGUCGAAUGUGGAGAAGCUGGACAAACCUCGAGAUCCAAAUCGGCCUGCCAGCCAAGCUACCAGCGUCAAAGCGGAGCCCGGAAGCAUAAUGGCGAUGUCGGAGUGUUCCAAAAAGGCCCUAUCACCCGGUGAGCUAUGUUCGCCAUGCGUAAGCGUGGACGAGAACGAUCACGCUGACGAAGAUGGCCCGUCGACCUCAAAAAUCGCGAAACAGGACCGACCUGUAGAGUACAACGAAGAUGAGUCCAGCUGUUCUAGUCUUUAUAGCAGUUUCCUAAAUAAAAGUAGCGGCAGUAGUUGUAAUCCAGAUCAAAAAGGAGCGACGGAGGGUAUGAUGUGGAAACAGACAUCCGCUGUGUCGGUGCCUAAGAUGAGGCCCGCGAUUCGUAAGCCACCCCCAUGGUUGGAGGAAGUCAACUUGACGCCAGAGCUCGUUUAUCAGUAUCAAAUGGACUCGAUGACGUUACAGGAAGUUUUGGAAGCGGAUAAAUUGGCGAUGCAGAACAUGACGCAACCUUUGAUGGUCAACGAUCAACUGAGCCAAUUAUAUCUAGAUCUGGAAUUGGAGGGUUUUGGUACAAAAUUAAUGCUUGACGAAGGCCUAACUUCCAGCGGCAGCGCAAGUAGCUCCAGCGGAGAAGGCGCUGACGACAGUCCCAAGCAUAAAGGGAAGCAGUGCGGACCUAUGGAAUACGGAAGGCUAGUGAUGAUCCACGAGGAAAACGCCCCAUUCCCUCCCCCGGAUAGUUUGAUGCCUGUCAGUAACGCGUUGUAGAUUAUACUGUACGAGAUCGAUUCGCCCGAUCAAAAUUAAAUUCCUCACACUACGGCAACUCUGGUUAGUUGAAAAAAAUAGUACGAAAAACAGCCCGGUGCUGUUAAAUUAUUGGAUUUAUUAAACAAACUCUCAUCGGCCACCUUCUCAUUCCAUGGGUUUCCGAGCAGUACUUCAGGUAAGUGUAACCAGAAGUAAAAAUGAACAAAAAAUUCGUAAUGAUUAUUCAUUGGUAUACAAUAGUAUCAAAAACACGCACACGAUCAAGGUGGUGAAAAAGAGAUUGAAUUUUUUAUUUUCUCAACACAUGAAUAAUCGCAAACUCGACUGCAUAUCCAGCAGGUUGAUGUCAUUCCUGAAAAAAAGAUAUUUAAAAAGAUACACAAAAAAAAAAAAAAAAAAAACCGUCGUGUCCGGCCGUUGUGCCUGAACCUUUCUACGCUCGAAAAUGUAGGAGCGGAAGUCAUUGUAGGGUUAGUAUUAAUGCUAGGGAUGAUUUAAUGCAGUUCGUCACGAAUCACCGAUCUUGAGGCAUGCUUAAAAGCAUAGAAUCUAAUCGCCGGGUUUAUAGCGAUGAUGCGUAGCUGUAGAUUUUAAGAGAUUCAAGAAAAUUCGAGGUUACUCCAUUUGAUAUGAUAUGCGUAACUAAAGCGUAAAGAUAUUUUCUGUGGAAUGAUAAAAAAAAAAAAAAAAAGAAUGGAACAAAUUAUGAAGAAAACUCGUCAAAGUCUCAGUUCUUCUGACUGCCAUUGUUUGUAAUUUGAUAGAUAAAAACUCUGUCUGAAUUUGUAUAAAAAAAAUUUGGUGUUCUAGUUCUGCGGAAGAAUGCAAUCCGAAGUUCCUGAAACAUAUAGUGAGAUAUAUAUUUAGCUUUUUCACGCUUAGGGCUAAAAUAUACACUUCUUUAUUCCUAUAGAAUAUAGGUAUAUCACAGUAUAUUUACUGCACCAAAUCACUUAUUAUCGAUAUAGAAUAAGUUAUUGGCUCUUCAAGAUGAAUUGAAGAUACAGCCAAUACCUAUUGAUAUUGAUGUUCUUUGGAUUGCUCGAUGCACGGAAUGAUGUAUUGAAUACAUAUACUUCAAACAGAGUGAUAAUAUCGUAUGCUUGUUCAAUUCGGUGGCAUGUGUAUGACCGUACAUACAAUAUAUGUAUGUAUGUUAUGCACACGAUUUUCAUAAAUUGACUCUGUGCAGAUCUGCGCGAAUUGGCCUGUGAUAAACGAAUUAUUUUUCUUAUUUUUGCGCUAUUUCGCACACGUUCUGACUCAGAGUCUAUAGUUUGUAUAUUUCCAUUUUUUUUACAUAAUAUCUUUCAUCGAAAUUUAUUGAACCACAAAUUAAAAAUAUUUUGGUAGAAUGUAAAUUUGAAAGAAAAAAAAUGAACUGAGCACAAAUUCUAUAGUUUUCCAAAUAUAUAUGGACGUUUUUAGAUUUGUGAAUGAAACUGCUUUGGAACCACCACGAGUAUUUUUGGAGCUCUCUAUAGCUCAAACGGGAAUAUUGAGACGAAGAUUUUAAAUCGUUUAAUCAUAAGGAUAGUCUCGAUAUUAUCGAUGAAAUAGAGACAGUCCACUGUUUAUGCAUAAGUAUGCUAUAAUACACAAUACGUUACCAAAAUGAAAUUGGUAAUGGCUGCAGAAACACACCACAAAAGUUGUAAAAAUUGAUUGAUUUUAUUUACAUGUACAACAAUAUUUUCUACGGUUGUUAAAUAUUAAUGAAAAAAAUGAAAAAAAAACGAAAAAAAAAAAAAAAAUUAAUAUUCCGUAUUUUGUACAAUUUAUCUGUCUAUAUUAUUAUAAAAUAUUAUCAAUCCAGAAUAAUGAUUAGCCAGAAGAACGAUAUUCUCGACUAUAUGAAUAAGGGAUUCUCAUUCAUAUUAUAUUAUUAUACAUAUAAGAACGUAAUUAGUUAUGAUAGUAAAUUUCAAGUUAAAUUUCCAUUUCCUGAAUUUAACUUUGACAUAUAAUAAGCAAACAGUCAUGAAUGAAAUUAACGACCAUUUAAAGGACUAAAUUAAUCAUCCAAACUUUGAUUAGAAGAAUUUGGGUAUAUAAAAGCUAUUUAUAGAUAUACGUAUAUUUAAUUAUAUUUUUAAUGAACAUACAUCUCUUGCUGUUGGAUGAAUUUGAAAACGUGUCUAUCGGUUGAUACCUAAAUAAGUAUUUAUGUGUAUGCAAAUAAUAUGCAUCACCCGGUUCAAACGAAAAAAAGAAAUCAGAAGAAAAAAAUUAGGUAAUCCAUGGUCCAAAAUUUUUCUCUGUACUUCAGAAAGAUUCACUCAUAGUGCGAUCCGAUAUAAUACGCAUGCACAUAAUCUUAUUAUGGUUUCACUAAACUCGGAUUAAAAUUAAAAAAAAAAGUUGAAACAAAAAAUGAAAAAGUACAACUAACUUAGAAGUAAAGUUAUUUUAAGUGUAAUAUAUUAGAAACAAUUCACGUACUUCUUCCGAUGAAAUUGUUCAGAAUGGCAGAUAUUUAUAACCCUUGUGCUGACAAAUGAAAUCAAUUUUUUAUCCUCGAUCGUUAGCCUAUUAAUUAAAAAUUAAAAAUCACUCGAGUAUCUAAAUCGGAAGCAAAAUUUAGUUCCUCUUUGAUUAUCUACUCAUUACGAAAUUAUCAGGUUAGUUGAAUAUGAUAAUUAUAGAAAUUUUGUGGGAAAACUUUGAAAGGCUCUUUUUUUUUUCGGUUCGACGCAAACCGAGCUUCAAAUGCGCCAGCCGCGUGUCUCCACUACAAUAAUGAAAUAAUUGAAAGUAAACAUAAUACCGUGAAUGCCUGCGGUUUAGCACGCAAUUAUUAAUAUUAUUAAAAUUAUUACUAAUUUCUGUUUGCUGGUUAAAUGUAGGUUUAAAAAUUUGUUAAUCUAAACUGUGACAGUAUCUGAUGAUUACCUCUACUCUUAUAUAGAUGUAAUAUAGUAUUCGUACUCUCUAACGCAUUUACAUAAUAUAAUAUUAAUUUGUAAUAUCGAAAAUAAAAUAUGGAAAAACUUACGCAUAGUAGAA